AGAAAUUUAAAUAAAGUUGCUAUUCUCAAAGUAAUCGUUUUAAAGCAAAGUUUAACUAUUAAUAAAUAAAUUUUUUAAAUUAAUUAAGAUAUACAAGAACUAUCUAUGCAUAAAAGUUUAAAUAUUAAGGUUAAUCCAAAUUAAAAGAAAUUUGUACUUACGGAUUUUGAAAACGACCAAUCAGAACAAAAGUCAGUCAUGGUUUAAACAAAAACUGUAAAGUUAAAACUUUAAAACUAAACAAAUAUGGCAAACUGGAAAAUACUCAACUUUUUAUUAGCUUAUGUGAAAAGUCAAAUCUUAAUAAUUAAUCGAAAUUCUACUGGAGAUACUCUUAAAUGCGAUACAAGCGUUCGUUGUUCAGAUUUGAGCGCAAAGCAAAUUAGCAAGAAUUUAUGUUUGUGUUCAAAUUCAGGGACGAUUUUAACACCAAAUAAUAUAUGUUCAACUAAUGGUGAUUGCAAGUUUUAUAUUUAUCCAUUGAAGACUUCCAUUUACACUAUAUCAUAUAAACAAAAUUUAAAUGCUGUUCUAACAUCUAACGACAUCGUAAACAGUGAAAAGAUUACCUCUGUUCAAAUUUUAAACCAAAACAUGGAAUGGGAAUAUUUAAGUUAUCACGGUUUUAGCUUAGUUCGUAGUGGUGCGCUAAUGUUAACAAAUAAUAGAUAUAGUAGUAAAGGAGAGCUUUUAAAAAUUAAUCUCAAUUACAAAGCAAAUAAUAAUCAAAGUUAUGAAAGCUGCGUCAUGAUAAAAAUUGAAGGGGAUCGUUAUUGGAAAAAUUCUGAUCUGGCAAAACCAAUAUGUGGCGCAGUGGAGAAACCAACCGCAUAUACAAUCGCAAGCUUUAAUCAGACGGAAAAAACAACAAUUUUUCAUACAAAAACAGCUUUUGCAGAAAGCCCGACAAAAUUAAAACUGAGUACGCAGCCCAGGACAUUAAAUCCAAUUCCAGAAACACAAACUAUAGCAGCAAGUUUAACAACAAACACGAAAAUAAAGACAACAAAUGCAAAAAUAGACAAACAGUUUAACAAUAUGCCACAAAAUGAAACGUAUGACACACAGACAAAAUCAGCAAAUUUUACAACUAGCAUACUAGCAGAGACAGCUAGUACAACACCAAGUUUGCAUCAUAAAGCCACAAGUACAUCAAAAGUGAUUGGGUUGACACUUACUGCAGUUUCUGUAUUCUUAAUAAUGUUGUUUGCAACGUUGUGUAUUGUAAUUAUUGUAAAGCGUAGAAGAGUCAAACCUUCUUUACAAAAAUCCUCUGAGCCUGAUAUUCAAGAGGAAAGUCCUUACGAUUCAGCAGAAGGAUACUCUGCAUUUCAAAAUCAAAAUUAUCUUGCUUCAAUUCCUUUAUGUGAGCAAAGUAUAUUGAAAACUGAAAAAAAGGCGGAUAUCGAUGAAAAAGAAAAAAAUCAAAAUGUUGAUGAAGGCGAAUACAGCACUCUUUUUCAAACUGAUUUGCCGAAAAAAAAUAUUAAUAAAGAAUAUUUUUCUCUUGAAAGAAGUUCUUUAAACUAUUCAUCGUUAAAUGAUAAUAAUGAAAUUACUUCAUAUACUUCACUGAAUCAACCGGAGUAUCAGUGCAUAAAUUAAAUUAUUAAAUAUAAUUAAGAAAUAAAUCAUUUUUAACAGA